AUGCCUUCCUCCACGGCCAUCUUGAGGAGCAGGUUUAUUGAGCAGCCCGCCGGUUUCGUCGACGCAUCUCUUCCUGGCCAUGUGUGUUUGCUGUCCCGGUCUCUAUACGGGCUCAAGCAAGCACCUCGUGCUUGGUACCAGCGGAUCGCCGGGUUUCUUCAGACACUGGGCUUCAGCGUCACUCGCUCGGAUGCCUCACUGUUUGUCUAUCGCCAUGGUGACACGACUGCAUAUUUGCUCCUCUACGUCGACGACAUCAUCCUGACGGCCUCCUCCGCAGCUCUUCUUCAGCAGAUUACUCUCCGGCUGCGUGACGAGUUCGCCAUCAAGGACUUGGGUGCUCUACAUUAUUUUCUUGGCAUUGUGGUCGUUCAGCGAUCGGAUGGCUUUUUUCUUCAGCAGCAGAAGUAUGCGCACGAGCUCCUUGAGCGUGCUGGCAUGCUCAACUGUCACCCUGUUGCUACUCCUGUUGACACGAAGGCCAAGGUUUAUGCUCUUGAGGGCUCGCCAGCGUCGGAUGCUCCCUUUUACCGGUCCAUUGUCAGUGCUCUUCAGUAUCUGACUCUCACCCGACCGGAUCUACAGUAUGCAGUUCAGCAGGUGUGUCUCCACAUGCACACCCCUCGUGACUCCCAUUGGACUCUCGUGAAGCGGAUCCUCCGUUACAUUCGCGGCACGAUGACUCUCGGGCUCACCCUCACGGCGUCCGCUUCUCUAGAGAUGGUGGCCUACUCCGACGCAGACUGGACUGGCUGCCCCGACACCCGUCGGUCCACCUCUGGCUACUGCGUUUACCUCGGUCCUUCACUCGUCUCGUGGUCGUCCAAGCGACAACCCACCGUAUUGCGCUCCAGCGCAGAGGCUGAGUACCGAGCUGUGGCUAACGCUGUUGCUGAGUGCACCUGGCUACGACAGUUACUUCAGGAGCUGCAUCACGAUGUCUCCCAGGCUACGGUUGUCUACUGCGACAACGUCUCUGCGGUGUACCUCUCGGGGGGGGGGGGGGGUUGA